UCUGGCACUGUCCAUCUCUGGAGCAGAGAUAUAACAGACUCUUCUGUCUUACUAUUCUGGACCCAACCUUCUGUCCUGUACAGCACCUACCACAUCACUUUCAAAAGCCAGAAAGUGGGAGAUAAAAUACUAACAACAAAAGUUGGAGGGAGGCUCACCAGCUUCAGUCAGACUGGACUGGCUGCUGGUCAGAAGUAUAAGGUAUCAAUCAGAGGAGAGAGAGAUGGGAAGAUGGGACCAGAGAGCACCACUGAGUUCAUGACUGCUCUCUCAGGCUCGGUCCAUUUUAGGAGCAAAGAUAUAACAGACUCUUCUGUCACUCUUUUCUGGACCCAACCUUCUGUCCAGUACAGCACAUACCACAUCACUUUUAAAAGUCAGAGAGAGAGAGAGAAAAUGAUAACAGCUAAAGUUGGCGGAAGGGCCCUCAGCUUCACUCAGACUGGAUUGGCUGCUGGUCAGAAGUACAAGGUAUCAAUCAGAGGAGAGAGAGAUGGGAAGAUGGGACCAGAGAACAACAUUGAGUUCACAACUGUUCCCUCUGGCUUCAUAUAUCUCCAGACAAGAGAUGCAACAGACUCAUCUGUCACUCUGUUCUGGACCCAACCUUCUGUCCAGUACAGCACCUACCACAUCACUUUCAAAAGCCAGAGAGAGGGAGAUAAAAUGAUUCAAGCCAAAGUAGAAGGGAGGCUCACCAGCUUCACUCAAACUGGAUUGGCUGCUGGUCAGAAGUACAAGGUGUCAAUCAGAGGGAAGAGAGAUGGGAAGAUGGGACCAGAGAGCACCACUGAGUUUACUACUGCUCCCUCUGGCUCUGUCCAUCUUCGGAGCAGAGACAUAACAGACUCAUCUGUCACUCUGUUCUGGACCCAACCUUCUGUCCAGUACAGCACCUACCACAUCACUUUCAAAAACAAGGGAGAGGAUGAUAAAAUUAUAUCAGCGAAAGUUGGAAGAAGAAUCACCAACUUCACUCAGACUGGACUGGCUGCUGGUCAGAAGUACAAGGUGUCAAUCAGAGGGGAGAGAGAUGGGAAGAUGGGACCAGAGAGCACCACUGAGUUCACGACUGCUCCAUCUGGUUCUGUUCAUCUUCGGAGCAGAGAUAUAACUGACUCUUCUGUCACUCUGUUCUGGACCCAACCUUCUGUCCAGUACAGCGCCUACCACAUCACUUUCAAAAGCCAGAAGGAGGGAGAUGAAGCAAUAACACACAAAGUGGGAGGCAGGCUUACCAGAGUCACUCAAACUGGAUUGGCUGCUGGUCAAAAGUACAAAGUGUCAAUCAGAGGGGAGAGAGAUGGGAAGAUGGGGCCGGAGAGUAUCACUGAGUUCACUACUGACAUCUCUGGUCCAAGGAAUCUUCAUAUUUUAAAGACAACUCAAACAUCUGUACUUGUCCAAUGGGAGUCACCAAUGGGAGAUAUUGACAGUUACCACCUCUCCAUCUCACCCAGUUUGACAGAGACAAAGGAUAGAAAAAAUGAAGGCCAGGAAACAACUCUACCCCCUGAUACAGAUGCGGCCAAUAUUGAUGGCUUGGAGGAGGGGCGUUUGUAUUACAUCACUCUGAUAGCACGGAAGGGAAGAAGUCAAAGCCAACCAAUCAGAAUACAGGCUGUACCUGGCAAUAGCAAAAAUGUAUUUAACAAGAUGAUUGUGGAAACUGUGAUAACAAAGCUGCAACCAGAGGGCGAUAUCAUCACUGAAAAGAAAACUAACAAGACCACACUGCACAAAACAUUAUUUGUUAAAAAUGAGGAAGUGAAAAAAAAGGACAAUGAAAAGAGAUCAAGGACAGGGGACCAUAGCAGUAAAACAAAGCAAGACACAUACAAGAAAACAGAUGUCACAACCACACACAGGAUUGAAAAAACUGUGCUUGGGUCUGAAGCAGUAACACUCAGAACAGCAAGUGCAGGUGGAGGAACUGGGGUGACUGCUCAAGGGCGGAGGAAAGUAACGAGUCAGACUCUGCUGAAACAAGAUGCGACUAGAGGCCCAGAGGAGUGGAGCAAAGUCACUCGGCCUGAUUCCAGACUUGACUCCAAACACCAUUCAAAAGUACUUUCCAAGCCUGAUCUGAAGACGCCUGGGACAAAAUCCACCACAAAAGCUAACCAAACCAUUUCAGAGAAAGACAAGGAGAACAAUGCUAAGCAAGUGUCCCAAAUGGCAAAUGUCACCAAGACAGAGUUUUCACACAAGAUAGCAAUAGGCCAACUUAUGCAAGCCCAGUCAGAAGACAGAGAGCUUGAGACUGGAGGUAAUCACAUGGUUAGACUAAAAAAUGACAGUAGUAUAAUCAGAAAGGGUACUCAGGGAGUACAGAGCAGCCUUAGUGCUGUUCAGAUAGACAGGGCCACUAAGAUAAGCUCCAGUGCUCCAUUUUAUAGUAGCAGUCAAACAAGACAUAUUCAUGGUAAAAUUGGUCAUAAGGACACCUCAAGUCAAACCGGCGUCAAAGCAAUGAUAAAACCUUCAACUCACCACAAAAACACUUUCAAAACGGAUAUACCCCAAACCGACAUAACAAGCAGCAGAACCAGAAAUAUGGGUUCAACCCUAUAUUCUGUUGAAGUACGAAACAUAACCUCCAGGGGGUUCAUUAUAAUUUGGGAAGUCCCACAAGGAAUGUUCCAAAGUUUUGUGGUGACCAGAAGGGAGUAUGCUCUAGGGAGUGGUGAUGAGAAGGGGGAAGAAGAGAACACAGAGGAAGAGGAAGAAGAAAGAAGUGAAAUGCGGACAAAAGAGGACAGUGCUCAAAGUACUGUCCAAAGGAACAUAACUUACAGCUAUGGAAAGAGUGGUGGGGGUAACCAUACACAUCAGUUCCCUACUAAAUCCCACGACAGCACCAGUUCCAAGAACAAUAAGAAAGUAUCACAGGUUAUUCCAGGAAAUGCACGAUCCCUAACCUUCCGGAACCUUCAGCCUCAUACUCGUUACUCCCUGACGCUGUUUGGGAUGAGUUCAGGACUGCAAUCCAAAAUCCACCAUGUUACCAUCACCACAGGUCCAGAAUCUCCCUCUGAACUGUUGUUUAGCAAUGUGACAGACUCUUCUCUCUCUGUGUCCUGGGCAAAACCAAAAGGCCCCAUUACUGGCUUUAAGGUCACCUACACCAAUACCGAAGACGGGGAGUCUAUCUCUGUGUCAGCUGAUACAAACCAUUCCAGUGUGACUCUCUCUCAGCUGUCUCCUGGCUCAUCCUAUGAGGUCAGUGUGGUUUCUGUGCUGAGCUUGAAGGAGAGUGACCCAGUCAAGGGCCUUGUCAUCACAGUCCCUGACCCACCCACGGGCCUCCAGGCUGUCAAUGUCACUGACACCAAGGCACUGUUGGUGUGGAAACCUGCCAUGGCAAAAGUUGAUCGGUACAUCAUCAUUUUUGGGUCUGAAAAGGUGCCAGAUAUAACGGUCAAGGUCUCAGGCAAUAAUGCUGAGCAUCAGCUGAAGGGUCUCCUUAGUGGGACGGUCUAUAUUGUCACAGUCACCAGUCAACUAGAUAGCCUGCAAAGCACUGGGACCACCACCACCUUUACCACGGCUGGAGGAAGUGGUAUUAGAAGGGUGGAGGUCCCUCAAGAAAUGUCGGUCAGUCAAUUGACUCCACGGACUGUUGUGUUGUCAUGGAAAUCACCUAAUAUGGUAGUUACAAGCUACAGACUUACAUAUCAGAGGGCUGGACAAGAGGCAAAGGAAGUGACCCUUGCCUCCACCAUGACCAAAUUCAAACUGACUGGACUGAGUCCUUUGUCAAAGUAUACCGUGCAAGUACAGGGAGAGAGGAAUGGACGGUAUAUUACUGUCAUGUCCACAGAGUUUAAAACAGGGUCUCUGCUCUUCCCCUUCCCCACCGACUGCUCCCAGGAGCUGCUGAACGGGAUGCAGCAGUCAGGAGAGGUGGAGGUCUUUCCUGCAGGAAGGCAGGGGAGGCCGGUGUGGGUCUACUGUGACAUGGAGACGGAUGGAGGAGGCUGGACGGUCUUCCAGAGGAGGAUGAAUGGGGUGACAAAUUUCUUCAGAGGAUGGAAUGACUACAGCUAUGGCUUUGGCAAUUUGAGUGGGGAAUUCUGGCUUGGCAAUGAGAAUAUUCACAAUCUCACCAGCCUUAGACCCAUGGCCCUGCGUGUGGAUCUUCGUGCAGGGGCGGAGUCUGCCUAUGCCCACUAUUCCUUCUUCUACAUCGAUGGUCAGAGAAAGCACUAUGCACUCAGAGUGUCUGGGUACUCGGGUACUGCUGGGGACUCCAUGAGAUAUUACGGUGGCCGCCCAUUCUCCACACAUGACAAAGACCCCCUCCCCAUCAGUACCCACUGUGCCAUAAACUACAGGGGAGGCUGGUGGCAUAAGAACUGCCAAAAAACCAACAUCAACGGCCUCUACAGCACUGGCACCACCCACCAGGGUGUGAUCUGGUCUGAUUGGAAAGGCAAGGAGUCCUCCAUCGCCUUCACCGAGAUGAAGCUGCGGCCAGCCUCCUUUCCAUCCCGGACUCACAGCUAGACAGGCAGCCCGAAAGAGGGAGAAACAGAGCGAAAGAGAGCGAGAGAGGGAGAGAGAGAUACAGAGAGAGAGACCCUUCCACACACACACUACUAUUCAAAUUACACACACUCACAUACGCACACACACACAAACAAACACACACAGACACACAUGCACGUAUGCCAUACUGGCGCAUGCAUGCUUAUGCAUUCUAACACAUGCUAAUGCAUGCACUCCUAACACAUACGCAGGCACACACAACACAACUCCACUGUGCACACACACUGACUAUACACACAGCCAUGUAUACACCCGGACACAUACAUACACAGAUUUACUGCCAUGGUUACAGCCAAAUCUCUUUUCUAAAUGCCAUCCCAUAAACUGUCAGAAACAAAAUUGAAGGUCUGUGCAUGUUUCAUGAAUCCCAUGUUGAUUUUUUUUUUCAUAGGAACUUUUAUGAAGAACAAAAUAAGAAUUUAAGAAAUAUUUUGUGAAUGAGGGCCAUUAAUCCCUACGUUGUGUGUACAGGUUUUCCAUGUUAUUCAUUUUAUGGUUUUUCCCCAUGCAUUUUAUUUCUGCAACUGUUUUUUUUCCGAGUGUGUCACUGUUCAUUGAAUAUGAAAUCAAUAUGCACUGUUUCCUCGGUCUGUUGGUACUGCAUACUGCAACUAUGGGAAGUAUGUUGCUGGAAUGUGGAGAUCUCAGUACACACUCAGCCAUGUGGGUGUUUUCAAGGUGUUGUCGUUACUGUGCUUUUGGUUUAGAAUUGCUUGGUGUUUUUGUUGUUAACGCCCCCCCAGGAUUUCUCCAGUUUAAUAAAGCAGUGUUAAAGAUGUACCAGAUAUGGUACUUUAAACGUUCA